ACCCACUUUUCGGCAAGUCAAGACCAGUUCCAAUAUUUGUUUGAAAAAAAAACGAAAAAAACAGACCCAGUAAAUUUUAUAUUCCCUUUCCUUUUGUGUCUUGGAGAACGGUCUAAAAUAUAAACGCUAAAAAUGAUUCGUAAUUUCGGUAAUUUGAGGUCCAAGAUGCUCAUGCACCGGGCCUUUGCGUAUCGCAUGAACUCUCGCUGCAGCAUGCCCGGCAGCCUGCUGUGCCGCAAGAAGCUGGAGUCACCGGCCGAUAAUGUUACCGUCACAGACAUUAACAUACACGAUCUAGCCAAGGGGGAUCUGGAGUUUCGACGCAACUUUCUGACAACGGGGAAGUUGCUCGAGCAUUAUCGCUAUCCGGGGGCGGACAAGCCGAAGACCAAGGAGGAUUCAACACCCAAGACCAAGGACAAACCUUCACCGAAAAUCACUGGAGAUACUGCUGGGAAACAGGCACCCACAGCUAGCGAUGGCGACGGUGCCGCAGCCGACUCAACUACUGAUUCUACUUUUAAAUUCAGCACUCAUCUGGACUUGGAGGGCAAACUAUUGAAUUUAAGGAACAAGAUACUCGUGCACCGGGCCACCAUGUCCCGCUUGGCCACUAGUCUGUUGUGCCGCAAGCAAUCCGAUCUUGAAAUCAACAUUCACGAUCUUGCCAAUGGCGAUCUGGAGUUUCGACGCAGUUUUCUGACAUCGGUGAAGAGGUGCGAGCAUUACCGCUAUCCGGAGGUGGAUAAGCCGAAGACCAAGAAGGACAAAACACCACAGACCAAGGAGAAGUCUUCGCCAAAGACCACUGGAGAUGCUUCUGGAAAGCAGGCUCCUACAGCCAGCGAUGGUGAUAGUGCCUCUGACGAUUCAACUGCCAAGUUUAGUUCUGUGUUGGAUUUGGAGGGCGCACUCUUGAAUUUGAGGAACAAGAUACUCAUGCACCGCGCCACCAUGGCCCGCAUGGCCACUAGUAUUCUGUGCCGCACAUCGCUGAAAAUGCAGUCCGCAGAUGACGCCAACGUAUACGACUGUGCCAAGGGGCAUUUGGAGUUUCGACGCAACUUUCUGACAUCGGGGAAGAUGCUCGAGCAUUAUCGCUAUCCGGGGGCGGACAAGCCGAAGCCCAAGGAGGACAAAACACCCCAGACCAAGGAGGAAUCAUCGCCAAAGACCACUGGAGAUGCCUCUGGAACAAAGGCACCCGCAGCUAGCGAUGGCGACGGUUCCGCUACCGACUCAACUGUUAAAACGAGCUCUGUACUGGAUAUGAAUGGUAAUCAGAUUUUGCCCAUUGAGAUCGAUGGCUGGCAACAGGACGGUGAAGCCGAUCCCACUGUCCAGAACAGCACCGAUAUCGACAUUGGCAACGACGACGAGUACAAUGCCGAGAUGUCACUCAACGUGCCGGAAAAACGUGAAGCCGAAUUCUCAUACAAGGGCAUUACGAUUAAGCUGCCAGAGUCCGCUUCCCAGGACAUUGGCACCUAUCGCUUCCGUCGCGAUGCUGAGGAUCUGGAGACACUCGCCGAUGACAUGCGCAUCGUCAAGUUCGACAAAAAGUAGCGGGAUGCAUAAUUUCCCUGCUACACCAAUUGGUUUGGAUCCCACAACUUGAUCCUACACACUUUUGUUUAAUAUUUGGCCAAAUAUUAAACCCUUAAUGCAAGUCUCACACACAUCACAUUGGAAUUGCCGGCCGGCUCAAGCAUAACCACAUAAAUAAAGAAUCAGUUAAUCAGCGUAA